AUGGUGGAGCGGUCGGACCGAGCCCCUCUGCUGGACUGGGAGGAAAUCCCAUCCGCGGAGAAACCCGGCGACGAAGCCCCGGCGGGGUCUCCCGUUGAGGAGCGACUGUCGAGCCCGUCCAGCAGCCGCGGAACAGCGGGAUGCGCGGGGUUUGGGUGGAGCAGCGGACCUGGGGGUCCCACUUUUUCCAGCAGGUCCGAUGCAGACGGCUGCAGCGCCCCGCCCGCGACCUCCAGCGCCCCGCCGGCGGCCCCGGAGCGAGCGCUACCGCCCGACAAGGAGGAGCAUCUCUCGGAUUCAGGGACGAGGGAGGUGUCGUUGGAGGACAGGAUGGUGAAGUGGGAGGAAAAGGACCAGAUUGUGUCUGUCUUUGUAGUUACAUUUAAUACCAGAACAGGAAACAUGUUGGAGUGGUGUCUGCCCAAAGACAUGGACCUAGAGGGAGUGGAGUUUAAAGCCAUCGCUAGCGGCUCCCACCGAGUCAGUACAGACUUUAUCUACUUCCGGAAAGGCCGCUACUUUGGCCUCGCCUGCUUUGCCAACAUGGCAGUGGAGAACACAGAGGAGAGGGGCGCCAGGAUGAAGUCGGUGGGGAUCCUGUCUCCAUCCUACACCCUGCUCUACCGCUACAUGAGCUUCCUGGAGCACCAGGUCAGUUCCCUCUCUGGCCUCCAGUCAGGCAGCGCCCAUGCUCAUCAUUCCCCACAUAUCUCGCUCCAGAUUCCCCAUCCGACGGCUGCUUCAGUAGUCCUCAUUCCUUGUACAAAGGGCAUGCUGAAAGUCACGAGGCUCCAGCUUCAGUCCCCCGGCCACUACUCCCCCCUGGAGGCCUUUUAUGAGGACAAGAGAGCGCUACUGCCUCCCAGUGGAGAGGAUGUUGUAACUGCAUUUCCAGCCAACGCAUGGGGAGCUGCGAUUAACCACAGCAUGCACCCUGAGAUGAAGAUCACCCAUCCAGCAGGCUGCAUGUCCCAGUUCAUUCGCUUCUUUGGGGAGCAGAUCAUGUUACUCUGGAAACUGGCUCUGCUCCGAAGACGGAUCCUCAUCUUUUCUCCUCCACCUGUGGGUGUGGUCUGCUACAGAGUAUAUUGCUGCUGCUGCCUGGCGAACAUCUCCAUCCCUGGGGUGGGCGUGGCCGUGCCCGAGUUCAGGCCUUUCUUCUAUGUUAAUGUUGCUGAUAUCAGUGCCCUGGAAAAUGAGCUCUCCUAUGUAGCAUGUACGACUGAGAAGAUCUUUGAGGAGAAGAAAGAUCUGUAUGAUGUGUAUGUUGAUAAUCAGAAUGUUAAGACCUACAGAGAUGGCCUGAAGCCUCUGCUUCGCCUCAGCGCCGCGGACAGGGAGAAGUAUCGCAAGCUCACCGAGCAAAGGCAGAUGUUGCUGUAUUCCCAGGAAGAAAAUGGUGACUGUGUGUCCAGUGAAGAGGAUCUUUUUAUUUUGUUCUUCCUGGAGCAGAAUAACAGGAUUUUCCAGACACUGAGCGAGGUGGCAGGGAGCCCGGAGCCCACCGUUACCCAGGACAGCGUGAGGGCCAUGGGUCUGGAUCCCCAUGGAGACAGACUCUUCUUGCUCCACCUGCUGGAAAUCUAUGGCUAUGACAGCCUGCUGGUUUCAGAGCAGCUGUGCUGCAGCUGAGUGUUAUUUUUCCAAUUUUCAUCAUUGCUGGUUUUAAAACAGGGGGCCUAUCUGCCUCAAAUUGCUGCACCGCUGGCUUUGGGACACUGUUACAUCCAGUAGAAGGCACCGUGCUGUAAUGUUUUGUCUACCGAAGGUCCGCUCCGCGACAACCACAUUGUCUGAACUCAGUGGUACCAACAAAAACAUGGUCAGUGCUAAUUACCGGGGCCUUGUGGAGAUUUUCAUACAGCUGUUGUGUUUGAUAUCAAUACUGAGCCAUGUUUUAAUUUAUCGGACAGUCUGUUUAAACAUUUGAUUGACAAGCUAUAUGAAAACUAAACUGGAUAAAUAUAUUAACAAGACGAAGGCAGCAAGUUUUAAAGUAUGAAAGGUAACUAGAAGUGGGCUUCCUGUAAAUAUGGCUGAUUGGUUCUUUAUGUUCUGUGUGUAAGUGUAUGUGUAAUAUCAGGUCUGAAUCUCUGCCAGUGUUGCACUUCAUCUACCAAGUGCUGGAAUUUGAAGACACUUUUCGCCCAGCUUAUCUAAAUCGGGGCCUAAGGUCUUUCACCAGCACGUCUAAAUGCCUUUGACUUCACGAAGUACGUCUGUAACAUCACUGCUGAAGUGACAUUUAGUGACACUAGGUAUGUCUGAGAGGAAGGUUUUAAAGAUCCAAAGGCAAGUUGGUUGUGGAGAUAUAUCUUUUUUUUUUUGCACGUUUAGAGACCAGGGAGUCAAGCUUUGAGAUGCACCCUAUCAACAUACAAGAUCAGUUCCAUUAGGGAAAAUAAAGUGAUUUUAUUUUUUAUCAUUGACAAAAGCCUAUAAAAUCUUAAAUCAUCCAUUUUGAUUACCCUGGGUCUAAUGGAAAGAGUAAACUGCUGGGGAGAUUUAUAACAGGCUCUAGAGCUCCCUCUGGCUUCUAUUAGAUGUAUUGCACCAUUAAGAUCUGUCCGAAUAUCCGGCCUCCGUGGAUCUGCUACAGUUCUUUGUCAUCGUCGUCCGAUACAGACAUUUGCAGUUACUCAAAGGUAACUGCUUGUUCUACAUGUACAUAAAAUCACAGCUAAUAAAGGUGAUUUUAUGUGAGCCCCAGUGUCAAUCUGAUGGUUUGUAACUGCAGCUUCUCUCCACUACAAGUAAAUCUGAUGCUAUGCAGAGCUUGGAAAAAGCAGUUAUACUCCUUAAGCUUUUCCACAUUUUGUUACAUUACAACCACAAACCUCAAUGUAUUUGAUGUGACAGACGACAAAGUAGCUCAAGCUCAGUUAGGUUGAAUGGGGGCCAUCUGAAUACAUUAAUUUUCCAGUUUAACCAAAGAUUUCUAAACAAAUUUAGUUCUGGACUUUGACUAGGCCUCUCCAACACAUAAAUAUACACUCAAUCUGCAUUUAGCUCUGUUAAUCGUUCGGACAGCUCUGAACACCUGCUCUAAACCCUACUGGGAAAAAAAAGCAUUCCCACAGCAUGCUGAUGCCACUCCAUAUUAAAAUAUGUGCAGUUUGUUUUUUUCUUGGUAGGAUAGAGUUGUGCUACCCGCCUCCGUUUUCAGAGAAUUGAUUGAACAGCCUCCAUGUUAUGUUUAAAGCUUGGGACAUUGGUUUAUAACAAACCCUUACCUGUCUGGUGUAUUCCUUGGACUCAAUUUACUAAAUGGAAAACCGCAGAAGUUAAUUAGUUGCACUACACUUGAUUUAGGAGCAUCAAAGUAGAGGGGAUUUUACUAUUUUGUGUUAGUCACAUAAAAUACACAGUUAAGUAGCCAGAAUGUGAAAAGGUUUAUAGGUUUGAAACACUUUUACAAGUAUAGCAGUGUAUAGCCACACAGCUUUUAGCAGAUUUUACAUUUGGUGAGAACUUUAAGGUUUACCCGUGUAGUUUCAAAACACAAUUAAUGAAAUGUGCUUCAGAAUAAUUAUGUUCAUGAAAAUACACACACAUAACAGAAACAUGCUGCAUUAACCACAAGUUACAAAGGUCUACUCAGUGAUUCUUCUCCAUUUAUUUUAGUUUUAGCUAUAAGCUAUUAAAUGUGAAUUUAAAUGUUUUUAUGUAAAGAAAUGGGAUCAGUUGAAUGUGUUUUAUACAGCAAUUGUGAUCUCCAUGUAUAACUGAAACUCAUGCACCUCUUCGCUGUAAGAAAAAAUGUUCACAUUCUGUCACCUAAAGCAACCUGUACAAAGCAGAAGCAAACAACUUUGUAGUGAUAGUCUGACUCAUGUUAAAAACACCUUUGCUUUAUUUAUUUUUAUUGUCAACCAUAUCAGAAAUAAAGUGCACAACCACUUUUAAUCAAAAUAAAAAAAAACACUUCUCUUGCUCUCAUUUCAAAUAUUCCUUUAUCUGUUC